GUUAAUUUUUUAUAACUAUAACAGUUUAGUCUAAAUAAUAUAAUAAACAUCAAACAAAUCUAGUUUUAUAGAUCAAAUAUGUCGCCAAGACCAGAAAGUAUUAAAAAAGUCAUGGAUGUGCUUGGGGAUUUUAAUCCAUCCGAAGAUAAAAUUAAAAAAACACUAGGUAUUGAUGAAGAUGAGUUAAGACAAAUUAAUGAAGAGAAACAAACCAUUUCAUCACCAAAAGAUAGAAUCCCAAUAAAUAGAAAAUUAACAAAAAAAGCACAGGAUACAUUAGGCAUUAAUUUAUCAAGAGAAAAGUUAAUGGAUGUAUUUGGUGUUGACGAAGAUACUAUAAAUUGGGCAGAAUCAGAAGAAAGCGAACAUAAAGAAAAUUUAAUUAAAAAGAGCAGAGAAAAUAUUGUAUCUUCAAAUAAAAGAACAUUGCAAAAAGCAUUAUCGAAAAUGGGUAUUGAUCCAUCAAAUCAUAAAAUUGCAAGAACCCUUGGUGUAUCAGAGGAACUUUUAAAUCAUGGUGUUUUAAAACCACAACCAUCAUCAUGGUCACCAGCUUAUGCUCUUUUCUUUAUCACUCUUUUUAUACUAGCUGUCACUUUUUAUUUAAUUAUACAACAAAAACAAAACUUUUUAGAUUUAAAAACCUUAUUGGACCAACAAAAUCAAUUUAUAAAUAAUAAUCAUCAUCGUCAUAAUAGUAAUUUUAAUAAUCACCACUAAAAAAAAAAACCAUUAUUUCAUAAAAAUGGAAUAUAAUUUAGUAGUGAUCAUAAAAUAAUAAUAAUAAUAAUAAUAAUAAUCAUUUUGUUUUUUUUUUCCAAUUAUCAACACAUAAAUAUUCUUUCUAGAAUUUAUUAUUAAACCCCACCCUGUAUAUAAAAACUCCAAACCAAACACCACAGAAUUUUUAGAAACAUAACUAAUAAAGUUAAUUUUUAAUUUAGUUAU